AUGGCUGAUGCGGAGCAGUCGGACCCCAGCAGUCAUCAAUUGUCAUGUGAUAGUUUAUCAGUUGCCUCAUCGUCGGCUGCUUCGAGAAAUGACUGCGCCAUCACUCCGCUCACACCGUCACCCUCGCCGAGGGCGGAGGCCAGACCAAGGAUGGCUUGUCCGUUCUCUGUGGUUGUGGCGAUUGACUUUGGGACAACGUCAAGCGGCUACGCUUUCAGCUUCACAGAAGACUCUGAUGCCAUACACAUGAUGAAGCGCUGGGAAGGCGGGGACCCUGGUGUGGCCAAUCAGAAGAGCCCCACUUGUCUGCUGCUGAGUCCUGACUUGCGCUUCCACAGUUUUGGGUUCGCAGCUCGGGACUUUUACCAUGACCUUGAUCCGGACGAAUCCCGGCACUGGCUCUACUUUGAUAAAUUCAAGAUGAAGAUCCAUAGUGCUUGUGAUCUCACAAUGGAGACAGAGCUGGAGGCGGUUAAUGGUCGGCGGGUGAGAGCCAUUGAGGUGUUUGCUCACGCUCUGCGCUUCUUCAGGGAGCACGCACUUAAAGAAGUGAAGGAGCAGACCUCCACCCUGCUAGAGGGAGACGAUAUCAGAUGGGUGAUCACCGUUCCUGCCGUGUGGCGACAACCCGCCAAACAGUUCAUGAGGGAGGCCGCAUACCUGGCGGGUCUGGUGUCCCCAGACUGUCCCGAGCAACUCCUCAUCGCUCUGGAACCAGAGGCGGCCUCCAUUUACUGUCGGAAACUGCGCCUCCACCAGGUGAUGGACCUGAGUCUGCAGCCAAUCGUUAAUGGCCUGGAUGCAAAUGUAUCACGACCUUUUGACACCAGCUUCAGACAAGCCAGGGAGCAGUUGAGGCGAUCCAGACACAGCAGGACCUUCAUCGUGGAGAGCGGAACUGGAGAGCUGUGGUCCGAGUUGCAGACCGGUGACAAGUACAUCGUAGCAGACUGCGGAGGAGGAACAGUGGAUCUGACGGUCCAUCAAAUCGAGCAGCCGCAAGGGACGUUGAAAGAACUCUACAAGGCCUCAGGCGGUCCUCACGGCUCCGUUGGCGUGGACCUGGCUUUCGAGUCCAUGCUGAGCCAAAUCUUUGGCGAAGACUUCAUCCAGAGCUUUAAAGCCAAGAGGCCGGCCGCCUGGGUGGACCUCACCAUUGCCUUCGAGGCCAGGAAGCGGACGGCGGCGCCGGGCAGGACCAACGCCCUAAACAUCUCCUUGCCCUUCUCUUUCAUCGACUACUACAAAAGACACAGAGGGCAGAGCGUGGAGGCUGCACUGAGGAGAAGCAACAUGAACAUCGUCAAGUGGUCGUCGCAGGGCAUGCUGCGACUCACCCAGGAGGCCAUGAACGAACUCUUCCAGCCCACCGUUGGAAAUAUCGUGCGACAUAUCGAGGAGCUGAUGUCCAAGGCCGAGGUGCGUGGCGUUCGUUUCCUAUUCCUCGUAGGCGGAUUUGCAGAGUCGCCCAUGCUGCAGAAAGCCAUUCAAAAAGCCUUGGGACGCACAUGCCGUAUCAUCAUCCCGCACAAUGUUGGUCUGACCAUCCUGAAGGGGGCGGUGUUGUUCGGACUGGAUCCCACUGUGGUGCGAGUGCGUCGAUGUCCGCUGACGUACGGCGUGGGCGUCUUGAAUCGCUUCGUGGAGGGGCGCCACCCCAGGGAGAAGCUCAUCAUCAAGGACGACCGGCACUGGUGCACCGACAUCCUGGACCGCUUCGUCUCCGUUGACCAGUCGGUGGCUCUGGGCGAGGUGGUGAGACGGAGCUACACGCCCGCUCGUCCGUGCCAGAGGAAGAUCAUCAUCAACGUCUACUGCAGCGCCACGGACGACGUCACGUACAUAUCAGACCCCGGGGUCAGAAAAUGCGGGACGGUGACCCUAGAACUGCCGUUGGUUUCCACCCCGGCACGAGGGGCGGGCAGGAGGGAGAUCAGGGCCACUAUGCAGUUCGGGGAUACGGAAAUUAAAGUGACUGCCUUGGAUGUAGUUUCCAAACGCUCGGUCAAGGCUUCCAUUGACUUCCUUUCUAACUGA